AUGGAUCUGUUCCCAACUCAAACUGUAGUUAAAUUUUCAAUGUUCAAUAAUAAUUCCACCAAGAGUGCCGUGGAUAUUAAGAAUAAAUUCAAAAACAUUCCAAAUCUCUAAACUCGUGGCUAGACUUUUGAUGUCAGACAUCUGGAUCAGUUUAUUCAAUUUGAUAAUUCAAGAACUCAGCACUAACAGUUAUAGGGAGCUAAUCAUUCACAAAAUGGAUUAUAGAUUACAAACUUUGGAGCUAUGGGAAAUAAUGAUUAACAAGCAUCUUCUCCCGUGAAGCAAGAAAGUACGAUAGAAAGUGGCAGAAUGUCACUCUAGAGAAGAGCUUAAACUGCAGGUAAUCUAGGAUUAAUCACCCCUGCUCAAAUGAUGCAAAAUAAAAGAUAGAGUAAGUUAAGUAGCAUUCCUGUUGUGUAUACCAACGUUCGCCCAAGUACUUCCUUUAUCUCAGUUCCUAGAGAGAACGUAUCUUAAAUUAAAUAUAUUGAUGAGUAAAAGGGAGGACCAUCAUUCCUUUUGAAAAGAGAUGGAGUACCUACACUUAAAUCUCUUGAGAAUGAUGGCUCUGUGCAAUUGCAUUACAAUACUGAGAGAAAGAAUUUUAAAGCUCUUAACAAUGACUAAAAGAUUUUUAAUGCCAAGAUCGUUCAGUUUCAAGGCAAACAGGAUGAGCAUGGGGAAAUUUUAAUACCGAAUGCCGAUCUUAAAUACCCCAGCCAAAGAAGAUAGGAGAUAUAUGAAGCUAAAGAGGCAUUUAAAAAUUACUAGGAAAUCAAAUCACAGAAAAUAUUUAUUAAAAAGAGAAACAGACUAAUACAGAAUGGAUGGAGAAAUGGGAUUGUUGGUGUUGAAGUACCAGGUGAUUAGGGAUCUCUGUUCUAUUCACAAAAAAUAUUGAGAUAAUAGGAAAGAAGCAUGCAAAGGCUUGAGAAGAGAAAUGAAUAUCUCAAAGAGAAAGCUGGUCAAAGUUGCUAGAUUGAUUUCUACAAUAACGAUAAAAUAAUCAGAAAUGAUAGCCAAACAGUAUAGAUGUUUCACGGCUGGAAGAGCAAGCAAAUAAGCAAUAUUAGAUUUAAAAACACCUAGGAAAGUCUGUUCGGAGACAUUAGAAAUAAAUGGAACAAUCAAAGAGCCUAAAAGCUAGUGUAUGUUUUUUAAUCUAACAUUUAUAGUUAAGAGGAGACUAAAGGGAGACCCUUUAACCCUAUUUCAGGUAUUAAUCACUAUCUCAUAAGUUGA